AGGAAAAAUGACAGGAAAACAGUGAAUUCGUAUAGAGGAGGUUAAGAUAUGUCUGUCUUAGAAAAAUCAGCGAAAUCAGAGGAUGAAAAUAGCACUUUUGAGGACUUAGAAAUAGAUGAAAUUAUUUUGGAAAAAAAACGGAGAAAAAAGGAGAGAAAAAGGGCUUAUAAGUCUAGAAUGAGGUCUAUAGAAGGGUCUGAUAUGGUAGAAAGCAAUUGUUUUUUUAAUCCGGCGAUUCAGGCGGAUUAUUUUGAAAAAAAGAUCCGAGAAGUAUAUAUUGAUUAUUCUUCAAUAGAAUUGGAAGAUAUGAGGAUGUCUGAAAAAUACUUUUUUGAGCCUCAAUGGACAGAAAACUGGGGUCUUGAGUAUCUGCCAAAAUUUUUAGAAAUAGGAUUAGGAUAUGAUCCGGGAUAUAUUCCGGAUGCUUUUGGGAGUCCUCAUACAAUUAUUCUUGCUAUGGCAGCACUUCGAGUAGCAGACAUUACAAGAUCUCUACGUUCUUAUAAGACAAAAGAAGGAGAUGUUGCUAAAUUAUUUGCUAAACAUAUUAAAUUGAAGGAUCAUGUUAAUUAUCUUUCUCGUACACGAUUGACAAUAGCUGUAGGAACACCAGGACGUAUCCUAGAUCUUGUGGAUUGUGAUUCUUUAAAAGUGGAUUUUUUAAAUUGGAUUAUAUUAGACACUACAUAUAGUGAUGUUAAAAAAAGAAAGUUUUGGGAUAUGCCAGAGUGUUGGAAAACUAUGAUAAAAUUAAUAACGACUGAUCCUUUAAAAACUAUGUUAAAGAAAGGAAAUGUUAAAAUCGUUUAUUAUUAAUAUAUGUAUUUCAUAGUCUUUUUCAACAGAUUAUUUUUGUUAAAAU